AUGCCGCCACCGGAGCAUCCGCAUCAGGAGUGCGAGCUCUACCUAGCCUUCGCAAGGGCUAUCAAUCCUCGAGUUCAGGCUCAGGAAAGUUGGUCUCUCCGAAUGAGUACGCCUGGGCUUCUUACUCAUGCCGUUCGAACUUACGGAUGGACCUUCAUUCCCAACCAUGUGCUCCCGCCCAUGCUUGCAAAUGUUGGAGUUGGAGCAGUUCUGUACACGUCUUAUCUCCAGAUCUUAGGUACUCUGCACCACCCCUCUUCGCAAUCGCUGAAGAGAAUCUAUCCACCUCCACCAGUCUACUGCACAGCCUUAGCCGGAUUUUCUGCCGGCGUAGUCCAGAUUCGAGUCUUAAACAAAUCAGUGAUAGCGGCUCCUCUUGACGCUCUGUCCGUUCGCUUCCGUACCAGCGAGGUCUUGAGCGGCAAAUAUAACACGAUGUGGCAAUACGGCCGCAGCAAGCUCCGCGAGAUCGGUCCUCGUGGUGUAUUCGCGGGUUGGGGCCUGUCUCUUGUCAAAGAUUCAUUCGGCUAUGCGGCCUUUUUCGCAACCUUCGAGUAUGUCAAAGCCCAGGCUUACUACGGCUUCGUGGCCAAAUACUACGGCGACUUACAGAGCAAUCUACUUUCCCCAAUUCUGAGUCCCAAACUGGAUGGGACUGGGCCCAUCGAUGCCAUCAAACCGCACUACGCCAUCGAGCCGACCUUUUUGAUGCUUGCCGGAAUCGCAGCCUCAAUAAGUCAACAGAUCGUCCAGCAUCCACUCAAUUUAAUCCAGAACGUCCACUACAAGUCGCUCGCGUUCUUAGACUCACAGGCCAAGAUUGAUCAACCCAAGGCCGCGAUGUUGCGGAGCUAUUACGGGGCUUACAAGAAGACAUAUGACCAAUGUCUGGUGUACGCCCGCCGUUCUGGCGGUUGGCUAAGGUGGCUUUAUAAGGGGGUUCUCGUGAACACUAUCAAGCAAGUCCCAAGUACUAGCGCCGGCCUUGUGAUCUUUGAGCUCGUUAGGAGACGGUAUGGUAAUGAAGCGGAAGCUGUAAAGAUCAAGAAGCACGGUUAUGACAUCCUUCUAACGUGA